AUGUAUGUAAUGAUUCAGAUGCGAUUGGCACUUGGUGCAUACAUGUCAUGCAUUAGAAAUCAGAAUAUGUCGGCUGACGAGAAUAAACAAGCACCUUAUGCGGUUCCUAAUUGUUUAUAUAGAACGGUAUCAACGAUUGAAAGGAUUGCUGCUCUUGAACAAUGCCGUAAGUACUUUAAACAAUAUCUUUUGAGGAUGGAACAUGUGUUUAGGAUGGAAAAAUACCUCAGAUCACAGCAUAGAAGGAAUUAUUCGAACGAAGAGAAAGCAAGAAUAGCUUAUGAGCACAUAGGUUACUGGCUUGAGAACAGAAGACAGUGGCAAGAGAUGUUCAAGCAGACAUCACAAAAAGAUUCUCGCGGAAAUGUGCAGUUGAACAACAAAAAAAUGAAAAUGAUGGUUGAUGUUAUGUAUCGCAUCGUUAAAAGGAUCAAACAUCUGAAUGAUCUUAACAACGUAUUUCGCAAAACACUACGAACCGAUGAUACUUACGAAUGUUAUGUAGAUUUCAUGGAUGCCUGCCGAAACUUUUUUGCCAUGACGCAUCCCUUAAAUGAAACAGUGCUUGGUUCAGUGAGUCUCUUGGAGCGACACAAAAUUAAAAAACUUAUAAAAGGAAUGAGGCGUUUACUUCGGAAAUAUGAGCAUAUUUUGUCUGACACACAGAUGAUCUUUUCACGAUAUUGUAUAGUGAAAUCGCAGACAAGAAGUACAAUGCUAAAAAAGGAAUAGAAACGUAUUUAAAGAUACGAAUAAACGUCUUUAAACAAGUGAUUGGCAUACCACGUAACCUGAGAGAUAUUAUGUUUAGAAUAAUCGAUUUAUUUUUGAUUAAAAC